GAUAUCAACACACAACAUAUUAAUUCCUUCCAUAAGCAAAAUAGCAGCUUUUCCGUCGUUGUGAUUUUUGCAGAAUAGUGAAAGCUCAUCUUCCAUAUCAUCACACGUACGAUGGGUGUGGAGUUCACAGUGGAGAUCAACAUUGAGACUAGCACCAGAGGAGGCUAUCGUAAUUUCAUUCAGAACCUGCGCACACAACUUGGGGUGAGAUCUUCUCACAAUCGUCCAGCUCUUGCUGUUCAGCAGAACCCACCCAAUCGAUUCUUCGAUUUGGUUUUACGAACCAAUGAUCAUUCUGUGAGGUUCAGGCUUCGAAUGGACAACCUCUACUUGCUUGGCUACCAGAUGGAAAGCGGACAGUGGUUAGAGCUCGACAACCACGACGAAAAUCAGCAACUCGUGCAUCUAAUUACAGAAUCUGGGACCCAGUUCCUAGGUUUCGAUGGUAGUUACGAAGGUUUGGAAAGAGUUGCUCAUCAAAGCUUGUUAAAUACCAGAGUUGGCUUCCACAACCUUGUCUAUGCUAUUAAUCAACUUGCUGGAACCACGAAUUGGGAGGCGAGGGCACGCAGCUUGAUCGUUGUGAUUAUGAUGUUUUGUGAAGCAACCAGACUCAUUCCAGUAUUUGACUACAUGGCCGAAAAUUUUCACAACUCGUCUGACACUAAUCGUAACACGGAAGGCACAAUCCAGCCUUGGAUUAUUGACCUGGUUCGCAGUUGGUAUCGUUUGUCUGCAGCAUUGUUGCGUGCUGAUGCUUACCCACAGGAAAGGUUUCAUCUCCUGCCAAACAACAUAAGAAUUCCACCAAAUAACAGGCAGAUAAGAACUCUUGCCGAGGCUUUGGAAAUACUUGGCAUCUUGUUGGGUCUUUGCUUCAUUGGCAGUGGACCAAAAAGGCUCCCACGUAUGGCCUCUGAUGAAGAACAAUGCUUUUUAGGGAUACCGCUUUUGCAGGUCUUCUCCGUGCGCAUGAACAACAUAGAUAGUGAGGAUCCUGGGCAACUCUAUGGCACAAUUACAGUCGACGAUGGAUUAUAUACACAGUUCAUCUACAACCGUACAAGGGGCAACUAUGAAUCCAUUAGUCCUGGCCAAAAUGUUACCCUAAUUGGACCACCUGAAUCUGUCUCUGCCUUCGGGAAUGUUAACAUCAAGUUGCUUCUCACUGAUAAGGACAUCGUAUCUUCUGACGAUGCAAUCAUGAAUGAAGAUAUUUCGUGGGAUGCUGCUAACAUUGGCAAUGUGUAUGACAAACUCAUAGCUAAGAAACUAGACAGUAGUCGAGGUUCGGUGACUGUCAAUUAUGCGGUGCUGCGAAAUGCUGUGGCUGCCAGGGUGACCAUUUCAGUUGAAGAAGGAGGGGAAAAUGAAGUUGAGGUUUAUGGGCAGGCUUCUGCUUACUACAACAAUUGGGACCAGGGCUCUGGUGAUGCGACUUGUUUGUUGUUCAAAAGAUCAUCAAAUGACUAUGUUGAAGUAAGGCGUUGGCAAACUAUUCCAUUGUUGAGAUCUGUGAUUGCAGUGCCAUUGAGUAGCUCUCUUAAAGUUUCUGCGCAUUUGUAUGAUCAUGACCCAAUCUCUGCUGAUGAUGAGAUUGCAAAUGGAACAGCAGAGUUCCCAGUCCCAGACAAAAUACCAGAUACAACCUUCAAGCGUGUCGAUGGAAAAGAUGGAAACUAUGUGACCGUCACUGUCUAUUGGACUUCUGGUUUCUAAGCCGCUUUCCAUGACAUCCAAGUUAUCUUUAAUUUACAUAUUGGCUUUUGUUUUGGCGAGUUAAUGUCUUGUUUUUGUGUCUUAAGUUGAUGUGAUGUGUCAAUUGUGAGCCUAUAUAUCUCGCUCCUGCAAUAAUGUCCUGCAAUAAUGUCAUGUUUGUUUUGCUUCAUUAUAUUACUCUUGUUAUACGUCUGGUAAUGGAAACUCUUAAUGUCAUAUAUUUGUUUAUUUUUGCUUUA